AACUAUGAUCUGAUUUUUUAAAAUCUUCCUGACAAUCAUUUGUUAAUUGAGUUUUUAGUUUAAUAAUGUGCAGAUAAUAUAUUUUUUCUUAGGCUGUCAAGGGUGUAUCAGGCCCAUCAGAUAGUUUAUGAACCAAAAUAAGUUUGACACCCCUGCUUUAAAGGAAUAUACCCUGGAAAGUGUUUGUCUCCCCCUUCUGGCAGGGAAUAUAAUGCACGGUGGUGGCAAAGCCUGAGUCAAGGGAAACCCACACUCUUUCCCCAAGAAAGUUUGCAUGCCUGAAGCAUUCAGCAGCUGCCAAGUGAUUGCAAGUGCAAUACAUCCUUGAGAGGUCAUCAGCCCGCCGCAGUGCUGACAUUAAAACAGACAAGCUUGAACCUGCAGAGGAAACCUCAAAGACCAAAUGCAAUCCGAAAACUAGACUUAUGCUUGAUUUCUAUUCAGUCAUUUCUGUAAUUUGAGUGACUUUUUCCUUGAGAAUGAGUAUUAAUAAUUUUCUCAGAAUGCUGCCAGCCUGGUCCUGUUGUGAUACACGAAUGGCAUUCCGCCAAAUUAAUUAUCUGAUUCAUUUCCAGUUCCAUCUUCGCCGCUGUCAUGAUAUGCAAGAGGAACAUUCUGCGGGAAAACUCCAACGCAGCAGUAAAAACACAGAUGCAAACACUUAAAGGUGACAGGAGCAGCAGUAAACAGAUGGUCUUUUUUUUUCUUUAGAAUGAGAAGAAUUACACCAAAUUGAGGUUCACAUCAUUUGUUUGGAUUGAGUCCAUUUAUUUAAGACUAAAAGGCUGAGUCUUGUCUAAUUCCUCGCAGUCAUUUGUUUUAGUCUGUUGCAGAAUGCAUUUCAUUCUAACAUAUUUGGAAGAGUGAUUGAUGGAGGGAGAGAGUGGUGGAGAGAUAGAGGGAGAGGGGGGGGGGGGGGGUGUUUAAGCCCAUCCGGAGGAAGAAGCCAAGAAGAAGAAGAAGAAGAAGAAGCUUCGACAAUUACACUUGCCAAAGCGGUUCCGUUUAGCCGGCAGGCUAAUAUUUAGAGGACUGUGACUGUCUCGCGCGCUCUCGGAGCUGCGGCGGCUCGCGCGUCCCGUUCCGUUCCGUCCGCGCGCGCUGUCGGCCAGGCGCCUGGAGACCCCUGGAUUCUCCUGAACUGAAGUUGUUUGGACCGGUUCUUUUUUUUUCUCUCUCUUUUCGGCGCCUUCAUAGCAGCGGAUUUACAAAGCCUGCAAUCCCCCCCCCUCCUCCUCCUCCUGAUCCACGGAACCGCAAUGAAAUCCAGCACCAUGGACAGCGACUGAUGCUUCCAGAACCCUGGACAGAGAUUUAACGAGGCUGUGGAGAGGCUGGCAUGUGGCAGGAGGAGGUGGAAGGGAUGGAUCUUCAGUCCGGAGUAAGAGCCUCCCCCCGAGGAAGCCACCAUCAGACGCAAGGCCUCACAGGCCGUUGACCCGCUGUCUCUGUGAUUUAUGGCGGCAAGGGGCCCCUGGCCACUGCAGACUCCUCUCCCUUCUCUCCUCCAUUUCUCCACACGCACACCGCAGGACUGUGAGGAGGCGCGCACACUGCGCCAUCGUCAGAGGGAUUCCGCGCGCAUGCUGAACCGCAGUCCCGGCGUCUCCACGUCCGUCGACUCUGCCGCGUCCAAGAAUAAACAUCUCCAUAAACGUUCCCACCGUGUCCCACCGCCCCAUCACAAGUGCAUUAGAGCAAGCGUGCUUUCAGAGCAUUCUCCAUUGGACUGUGUGGAUUACAAUCAGUCAUGGUGUGUCGAGUGUAGAGCCCUCGUGUAGCAGCUGCUGAGAGGCACAGCUCGAUCAAUGGAAGUGUGCUAAGUGAUGAGAUGAUGCUCCGUUUUUCACAUGGCCUGAACCAAAUCAGCUGCCAACAUCUCCACACACGGGGCUUCGCCUCCACGCCACGCUAGUCCUCCUCUCUGAUUUCCAUUUUGGAUGGACAGUCGAACCCUCGAAAACCGUCAGACAACUUUUUCUUCAACCUGGAAACUGUACACAAGCUGUGACCUAAGAGUGAGAGCCUGGAGGUUCCCUCGCCAUGGUGUUGCCACCCCCAGACAAACGCCACGUGUGCCUGACCACCAUUGUCAUCAUGACCAGCAUGGCCUUCAUGGAUGCCUACCUGGUGGAGCAGAACCAGGGUCCGAGGAAGAUCGGCGUGUGUAUCAUAGUGCUGGUGGGGGACGUCUGCUUCCUCAUCGUGCUGCGGUACGUGGCGGUGUGGGUGGGGGCGGAGGUGCGCACAGCUCGGAGAGGAUACGCCAUGAUCCUUUGGUUUCUGUACAUCUUUGUCCUGGAGAUCAAACUGUACUUUGUCUUCCAGAAUUGCAAAGCCGACAGGAAAAGUCUGGAGACUGUGGCGCGGAAAGCUCUGACAUUGUUGCUCUCGGUGUGCGUGCCGGGCUUGUACUUGGUUUUAGUGGCGCUGGAUAGUAUGGAGUACGUAAGAACUUUUAGGAAGAAGGAAGACAUGAGAAGUCGUUUGUUCUGGGUGGCUCUGGACCUCCUGGACUUGCUGGACAUCCAAGCCAACUUGUGGGAACCCCAACGAACGGGCCUACCCAUCUGGGCCGAGGGUCUGAUGUUCUUUUACUGCUACAUCCUGCUGCUCAUCCUGCCCUGCGUUUCCCUCAGUGAAAUCAGCAUGCAGGGGGAGCACAUGUCCCCCCAGAAGAUGAUGCUGUACCCGGUCCUCAGCCUGGUCACCAUAAACGUGGUCACCAUCCUCAUCCGCGGAGUGAACAUGGUGUUGUUCCAGGACAGCCGCGUGUCCACCAUCUUCGUCGGCAAGAACGUGGUGGCAAUCGCGACCAAGGCGUCCACCUUUUUAGAGUACCGCAAGCAGGUGAAGGAGUUCCCCCACCCGCAGAACGCCAUGGCGCUCGAGCUGCAGCAGAACUCUGUCAGCCACACUCAGCCACUGCCCAACGCCACCAGUUUGCCACACGAGCCCUCGCCGGCGCAGGACGUCAUCGACACAUGACCGCGACGCGGCGGAGGACAGCUGCAUGACAGGAGGACGUUCUGUUCUUGUAAAGGUCACGUGAACUUCUGUGAAGAGAAUUCUAGCAUCACCUGCCUGUCAGAAAACGCUGACUCAGAGGCUUCAAGGAUUUUUAACUUUGCUGUUUUAAUUGUUUCAACUGUUUUCAAGGUUCAGACUUUACAAAGAGACAAUCCCGAAACUGUGCAGCCCAGUGACAUUUUGUUGUGUAAAAUGAAAAGUUGGUUCCCCUUGAGUGAGUAACUUGUAUUUUUUAAAGGUCACUUUUUUGACAGUGCCCCCCGCCCCCGUGGCAUUUCCUUUGAAUUCCAGCACCAAAGGACACACCAAGCAGUGAUGAAGGGCCACCGCGGGGACGCCCCGCUCAGACGCCUGACUCUUGUCACUCUCGUGACAAGAUCAGUCGCCACGUCUGCUCUCCGCACUGGGCAACAUCCGUUUGUAGCUUCUGGGUUUUGUUCUGCUGAGAAAGGAGCUCUGCUGAAAGCUGCUGCCUCGGUCGCUGCGAGGCUUUACAAUCAAAGAUCUGAUGAAAGCAGCAGUGCACAGCACUAUGCCGUCCACUGCAGGCAUCCGGGCGAGUGUUUUACUGCGCGCCGGCGUGCGUCUGCUCGUGUGCGGCCACGUGCUUCCACUGAGGCGCGUGCAGAGGUGCAGGUCGUUUUGCAAAUGCAAGCGAAGGGUGUUGUGAUCUAAAAAUGAGGGGAGAAAUAUGUAGAUGUCAAAAACAAAACAAGACAAUGUGAUGAAGAUGCUUUCUGUUUUUGUUUUCUGUACUGUACAUUCCUCUGAACUAAAAAAAGGAGAUCAGACGAUGCCUCAUGGAAGAAUCGACUAAAUAACAUAGAUAUGACAACAUGGAUUAUUAUUAUUAUUAUCAUUAUUAUUAUUAUUAUUAUGUACAUUCUUUACAUGUUGAGCAGAUAAUGUUUUAAUAAAAGUAUGAACAAAAAUAAUUAUUUAUGCUUUUC